GGGAGCCCAGGUCGUCAGGAAGGGGCAGGUCCACGGUCACACCGGGAAGUCAGCCCGCGGUUGGUUGUCAGGAUCUGGCCCGGCGAGGGCAGCUGGGAUCAGACACAGCCCCGUGAUCAGCAGGCAGGGCCACGGUUCCUGAGGGAGGGUGCUGUUGAUGGAGACUGGCACUCCUACAGCACUGCUGGGGCUGGGCUGAGCUUAAACAGGGUUAUGGAGAGCGCCAGGUUUGGCUGAUUGGGACCAUGAGGGCCUCUCCUCUCAGCCUAACCGCUCUGUCCUCAUGCCUUAGAGAAAUAUGGGCUCAGGAAGGACUUGCUGUAGAGUGAUUUAAUUGCAGUGCAGUCUCGGGGGGCUAUUUAAGGGAAUAGAGACACAAGAUAGGGGAUAUGGCAUGAGACACUUGGGGAUGGGAAUAGUCAGGUUGUCUGUAAGGGGCCCCAGGGCUUGUGGGUAAAGGAGAAAUGUUCAAACCACUAUUGGAGGGUCUCCAGAGGCUGGGUGGUACUGGGGGGUUCACUCAGGAGCCGGGGGUUGAGCAAAGGUCAGGUGUAGCUCCAUGAUUGCCUGGCAGAUCGGCAGUAAUGAGACAAGUUUGAGGUUGAGCAGGUUUGCCUGGCCUGCUGUGGACCUGUAUUCCAUGUACAGUCCCUGGCCCUGAGGGGUGCACGGGCAGGUAGCAGCAGUGACCUGCUGUGGGGCACAGAGCCAUCUGCUCUCUCGAAGGUGCCGACUGGUGGUGCGAAUGAGAAGCACCAAGAGCUUUGGACCAUUAACAAGACCCCUGGGACCUACUCCCAAGCACGUGGCUCUCUGGUGACCCUAUUUUGGGCAUGUUCUCAGAGUUGAAGUUCCCUGUACCUUGGGGCCACGUGGCAGCCAAGGCCUGGGGACCCUUGGAGGGACACCCUGUGCUGUGUUUGCAUGGCUGGCUAGACAAUGCCAACACCUUUGACAAGCUCAUUCCACUGCUCCCCAGAGGCUGCUAUUAUGUGGCAAUGGAUUUUUCUGGCCAUGGUUUUUCAUCCCACCGACCUGCCGGCUGCCCCUACCAUUUCCUGGAUUAUGUGACUGAUGUGCGCCGCGUGGCAGACGCCUUGCAGUGGAGACGGUUCACCCUGAUGGGUCACAGUAUGGGUGGGGCUGUGGCAGGAAUGUUCUGCUUCCUUUAUCCUGAGAUGGUGGACAAGCUGAUCCUGCUGGAAAGUCUUGGCUUUCUGCUUGCUCCAGAGGACACUGAGGCAUGGCUGAAAUCUAAACGGAGGGUGAUUGACAGAUUACUGAGUCUAGAGGCAAAGGAGCAAACUCCCAAAGCACGGAGCCCUGAAGCAGCAUUGCAGAGGCUCUUAGAAGCGAACAGCCAUCUGACAGCAGAGGGUGGAGCAAUCCUGCUGCAGCGAGGAGCAACUGAGACACCCACUGGGCUGGUAUAUAACAGAGACAUGAGAGCCCGUAUGCAGAGUCGAGAGUCCCUCACAGUGGAUCAGUGCGUGAAGCUCCUGAAGAAGAUCCAGGACCGUGUUCUCAUCAUUGUAUCACAAGAUGGACUUUUGGUACCACACAACUUACACAGCAGAAAUCACUUUGUGAAAGCCCUGCGGGAGGCAUUUGAGUCUACCCUCAAAGAGCACAUCCAGCUAGUCGAGGUGCCUGGGAGUCAUUUUGUGCACCUGAACGAGCCUGAGGUGGUGUCUGGGAUCAUCAGCAACUUCCUGACAGUGCAGAACACUAGAGCUAGACUCUAA